AUGUCUAAUGCUCAAUUGCCCCCAGGGGCGGGUCCAAAACAAGAGACACCGAAUCAAGCCCCAGAUCAAGAAGGUCAACAAUCAAAUAUUGGUGUGGUUAAUGAUCCCGUUACUGGAGAAUCAGGGAAAGCUAAGAAAAAGAAAAAGAAGAAGAAGAAGAAGAAGAAGAAUGGUGCUAAUGCCAAUGCUAAUGAACAAGAUGCUGGUCAUGCUAUAAGUCCAGAUGUUGAAGAAGAAGGUGAAGGUGAUGAUGAUGUUGAUUCACCAAUUGAUUCACCAAUCGUGCCAACUCCAAUUGAUCCAUUACCUGUUCCUCAAGAAGAGACUGCUACUACUACAGAUAAUGUUGCUACACAAGAAAUACCAGAAUCAAAGGUGGUUGAUUCAAACGUUAUACGAGAUGUAUCUCAACAAACAAGCGUGGUGAAUGUUUUAGUAAAUCAACAACAGGAAUCAUCAGAGGUAAAAGAAGAUACAACAAAAGCUAUUGAUGUUCAACCAAAUGAUAAAAUACCUGUUGAAGCUGCAUUGAGUGAAACUGUUCCAGAAAUUCAAGAUAAAGUCGAGCACCAAGAACUAAUAGUUAAUACUCAAGAUGAAAUUCAAGUUGCUAAACCUCAAGAUCAAACACCAAUAGCUACUGCAUUAAGUGAAACAGUGGAAGAAAUAAAAGAUACAGCGCCUGUUGAACCAGUACAAUUACAAGAACCUGUUCCAGCCACUGCUGCUAUUGAAGAAUCUGUUACUUUCCCAGUACCUGUUCAAGAAGAAACAUCCAUCAUAACUGAAGAAUUACACGAAGUUAAAGAGGCUAAACCUGAAGAUAAAAUACCAGUUCAAGCUGCUUUAUCUGAAUCUGUUGAAGGUAUUAAAGAAUCUGUUCCAGAAACCAUUGUUGAUAAUAAAUCAAAUGAAUUAUUUGGUGGUGAAGAAUCUUCAUUACCUUGGGAAUCAAAAGAUGAACAACCGCAUGAAACACAUCAAGAACCUACACCAAAUGUUCCAGAUCAACAUAUUGAUAAUAAUGAAACCGUGGAAUCUAAUGAUUUGUUUGGUGGUUCAAAUGAUGAUGAUUUUAGUAAAGCUAUCAGUGCACAAGCUCCUCAAAAAGAAGUUACUCAACCUGUUCAAUCAGUUGAACCACAAGAGGGAAAUAAUGAUGAUUUAUUCGGCUCUUCUGAUGUUAAUGAUUUCAAUGUUGCUAUUAGUCAAAAUCAAUCAUUUAUUCAAGAGAGUACACCACAACCAAUUGUUCCUGAACAACAACAACAACAACAACAACAACAACCAGUAGUUACACAAAAACCUGAUGAAUCGGUUAAACCUGUUGAUGAAUUAUUUGGAUCAUCUCAAAAUGAUGAUUUCAGCUCAAUAAUAAAGAAUAAUGAUGAACAAAAAGUUGAAGAUGCUCCAAUUCAAGUUGCAGGUUGUGGAGACAAAGUUGACGACGCUCCAAUUCAGAUUACAGCUAGUGAAGACAAAGUUCAAGAACCAGUUGCUUCUGAAUUAUUCGGUGAUGAUUCAAAAGGUGAUAAUUUUUCUGCUAUAAUAAAUAAUGAUCACGCACAGCAACAACAGAAACAGCAACAACAUGCUGAAGAAACCAAAGUUGAUCAACCAUCAGCAUUACCACAAGAAACUAAAGUUGAUGAACAACCAGCUGCUGACUUAUUUGGUGGUGAGUCUAAAGGUGAUGAUUUCACUUCAAUAAUUAAUAACAAUUCACAACAAGCUGUCAAUGAAGGUUCACAAGAAUUAAAGAAUGAGGAAAAACCAGCUGAUGAACUAUUUGGUGGGGAGUCUAAAGGUGAUGAUUUUACUUCAAUAAUUAAUAACAAUUCACAACAAGCUGUCAAUGAAGGUUCACAAGAACUAAAGAAUGAGGAAAAACCAGCUGAUGAACUAUUUGGCGGUGAAGCUAAAGCAGAUGAUUUUACUGCAUUGAUUAGUGGUAGCACUUCACCAGCAAAACCUGCCGAAGCUACAGAAGUGAAGAAAGAUGAUAAGAAAUUCUCAUUUUUAGAUUUAGAUUUAGAUAUGGAUGAUGAUUUAUUAGAAGAUGAUGAGCUACUUGAUGAUGAACCUCAACAACAACCACAACAAUUACAACAACCAGCUCAAUCACAGUUGAAUGUUGCAAAAAGUAGAAACUAUCAACCUACACAGCCAACUCAACCUCUUCAAACACCUCAUUUACAACAACAACAUUCAUUUAAUCCUUAUACUCCACAAAAUAAUCAAUUUCAAACUCCAUAUCAACAUCCACAAUCACAAUCACAUCUUGAUAUCAAAAAAUUAAAUCAAAAUAAACAAAAAUCAGAUGCUUAUGAUUUCCCAAUUGAUUUAGUUGCUCAAAAGCCUGUUGUUCAAAAACCAGCACGCUCUGUUUCUUCAACCCCUUUUGCAAGACCGUAUGGCCAAGCUCCACCAUCACCAUCAAUACCUGCUGCAACUCCACAAUUGAAUCCAUAUGCUCGUGGACCAAGUCAAGCUACACCUCCAGUUGGACCACCUCGCUCAACAACUCCUGGUGCUACUCCUGGUGCUACUCCAUCAAUUCCUGGUGCGGUUAAGAAGAAACAAUCUUCAUUUUUUGAAGAGCUUCCAAUUUUACCACCAGUUGCACCUGCAAAACCAAUUAGAAGAGCUUCAAAUUUAUCAGCUACUGGCUCAAUUGAUUCAAAUUUUAACCGUCCUCCACCAGUUAGAAUUGGCUUACAUCAAUCACCUCAACAAGUUCCACCACCAAAUCCUUAUGCAGCUCCACCACAAAAUAGAGCUCCACCAAAAGCCUCAGCUAUAGCUGGAAGAUAUUCUAAUCCUGCUUCACCUAUGGUUACCCCAAAUGUUCCUUCAAUUCCACAAAAUUCAUAUGCGUUUCCACCAGCUGCUCAACAACAACAAACACAACCUCAAGCUCAACAAUCACCAUAUGCUCCUCAAGUUCCAAGCUUAGCUUCAGCUUCAGGUCCACCAGCAGGUCCACCGAAAGCAAAUAGAUAUGCACCACCACCAAGUUCACAACCACCUCAAUCAGAUUUAUCAAAUUUCACACCAGGUUUAGCACUAGCUCAUCAACGUCGUACAUCAUCAUUUGGUCAACAACAAAUUUCAGGUCCAGCACCACCUCAGGGUCCUCCACAGGCUCAACAACAAACUCCACCUCCUCAACCAGUUCCACAAGCUACAGCAUCAAAGUAUGCACCAGCUAAUCCAUACGCACCUCCAAGUGGUCCAAGUGGUCCAAGUGCUUCACAUGCUGGUCCAUCAUUACCUUCUACAAAUGCUUAUCAAAUUCAAGGUCAACCUCCAGCUCUGAACACCAAUAAUUUAAAUGUUGCAUCUCCUUCACAGAGCUUUUUGUCACCAAAUACACCAUCAAGUACAAGAUAUGCUCCUAUUAAUCAUAGAAGACAAACAAGCUCAACAGCAAAUCAAUAUGAUCCAUAUAGUGCCGCUCAAUUUCAAAAACAACAAGCACUUCAACAACAGCAACAACAGCAACAACAACUCCCAACAAUUCCUCAAGGUCCUGGUGCCCCAUCACAAUAUCAAUAUCCACCACCACCUCAAGCUCAACAACAACCAGCAUUGCAACCUCCACAUAAUGUUCAACAGCAACAUCACCAAUCACCAUAUGCACCAGGUCAACAAACUCAAAGCUUACCUACACCAUCUAAUCAAUACAACCAACAAGUUGCUUCUCAAUUUCCUCCACAACCAAUCGUUGAAAAAGUUGUUAAUCCAGAACAAUUAUGGACAAGACAAUUUCCAGUGUUUAGUUGGGGUAAUGGUCAAAAAUUAUCAUAUUAUAUUAAAACAAAUAAUUAUUUGACUGAUAAUAUUAAAGUUGUUAGCACUGAAAAAAUAUUGAACGACGUUGCAUUAAAAGAAUUUCCUACGAUUUCAAAAAAGAAUAUUCCAGGUAUCUUGAGCUAUUUAGAUAAACAAAUUCAACAUUUAUCAGGCACAUUUGAACACGAGUUAGAGUUACUCAAAGUGUUGAAAUAUAAACUUUCAGGCGAAGCUGAAAAAAAAGGCGUCUUUACCUUAGGUAACACUCAUGUGAAUUAUGUUGAGCCUACUCAAGCUUUCAAUGAACAACGUCUUGGAGCUGAUUAUAAACACAAUUUGAGUAAAAGGCAACUGGUCUCUUUAAUAUCAACAGGUGAAAAAGAACAAGCUUUAAAUUUAGCUUUAGGCCAUCAAGAUUAUGCAUUAGCAUUACUUAUCUCAAGUGUUAUUAGCAAAGAAGCUUGGCUGAAUAUGGUUAAAAACUAUUUGGCUAUUGAAUUUAGUGGUGAUCAUGAUAAUUUCCUAUCAACUUUGUUCCAAAUUUUAUCUGGUGAUGUACAAACUGUGAUUAAUGAAUUCAAAACAGUUCCACAAAAGAAUAUCUGGGCUUUGAAUAAUUGGAAAGAGCUAACAAAUGCUGUUCUUGCGAAUAAUUCAUUAGCUUCUGCUUCAUUUAUUGCUGAAUUUGGUAAAUUCUUAAUUGAAAAUGAAAUGAUCGUUCCAGCUUAUAUCUUAUUGAUUCUUGGUGAUGCUCCAUUGGCUGCUUUACAAACGGUUAAAUCAGUUCGUUUAACAUUAUACCUGGAAAUUUAUGGCUUGAUUUUGCUUGAAAAAGGUAUUGCUUCAGAUUUAUCUUCCAUUUACUUACAACAUGCUAGUUAUUUAGCAGAUUACAAUUUAUUAACUGAAGCACAAAAAUAUUUGGAUGCUGCUACAACUUCUUUCAAGGCUUCAAAAGGUACUGUUAAUCCAAGAUCAUUGUUCUAUGCUAAAGUUUUGAGUGAAAGAUUGUCCAGUACUGGUGCAGGUGAUGGUAGCUGGUUUGGGAGACCGAAACUUGACAAGGUCUGGGGUACCUUAGAUAAGAGUUUGAAUAAGUUCAUUUCAGGUGGUGAAGAAGGUGCUGAAGGCAAAGGCAAAGAAUCUGGUGUAUUCAGUCAAUUUACACCAACAGUUUCAAGAACCUCUUCAUAUCUGUCGUUACAAAAUGCAGCUCAACCUCAGGGUCAACAAGCUUAUAGUGCUGCUCCAAGACAACAAUCACAACCACCAGCCACAUCAGUACGUCCUAAUAUGUAUGCUCCAACAGGUAUUUCAGCUGAUAAUGAUACUUUCCAAACUUCACGUUUAGCUCAUGGUCAAGCACCAAAUGCUUAUACCCCACCAGCUUUAAAGAGACCAGAUUCAAAUGUUGAAUUGAGACCAAAAGUGGCUAAAGCUCCACUUCCAUCAAACCCAUAUGCUGCUAACUCUGCUGUUGCUCCACAUUUUGGGCAACCACCAAGAAUUAGUGCACAAACUCCAAUAUCAAGCCGUGGAAGUAGUCCAAGAGCUUCACUUGCUGAAUUAUACGGCGGUUCACCAAAUUCAAAACCAUCAAGAUAUACACCAGUGGCUAGUAAUGAUGCUGUUUCAAGACGAUCAUCGAUUCAAUCAAAUACUGGAUCAGUUGUAUAUGAACCUGAAGCAGGUCAACCAAGUUCAGGAAAUUCACUCCAUUCGAAAGCUUCAAAAUCUUAUUUACCACCAAAAGCAGGUCCAGCUUCUGUCUCAUCACAAACAUCACUAGAUCAGUUGAUUCAACCUCCAACAGUGUCACAAAUACCAUCACGCUCUCCAAGUCAAGCACCACCUCCUAAAAAUUCAUAUGUUCAACACGCAUUACCUCCAAAAUCACAUCUAUCAAAUAGUUAUACUCCUCCACAAUUGUCUAGAACAAAUAGUGACUAUUCUCAACCUGAAGCUUUGCCGCAACAGCAUGCCCAAGUACCAGUGACAGUUCCACCGCCACCAAUUAAAAAGACAGUUCCACCACCACCACCUCCAGCUGGGAAGAAACAAGAGGCUGAACCACAAGCUCCAACUCAAGAACCAUCAAUUCCACCACCAGCACAUCCAGUUGCACCUAAAAAGUCUUCAAUUUCACCAGUUGUUCCAACUCAAGAACCUGUUGAGAUCAGACCAGAUGUUGAUGAAUCUGUUCAAGAAGUAACUGAAGGUUCAUUUGAAGAAUUUGAAAAUGGUCAUAAAUUUAGCAAUGAAGACCAACCUAAUGAUAUUGCCAAAAAUGGAAUCAAUAGAGUUGAAAGUGAAGAAUUUGACGUUGGUCCAUCUCCAGUUACUCAAUUUGACUCGAAUCCUCAACCACAAGAUGAUUUAGAAGAAUCAACAGAAAUUAUCGGUGAUGAUUCACAAGUUGGUGAUGACACUGUUGACGGUUUAUCAUUUAAUGCUCCGCAUAAAUCUGCUACUAGUGUUUAUAAAGAAGAAUUACCUGGUACUCAACCAGAACAAGCUCAAGAUCCAGUUCCACAUGUUGCAUUACAAAAGCCAGAACUUGAACAAGGUCAAGAAAAAAUCACAUCAGCUACACCAUUACCACAUCAAUAUCAACUACCACAAUCACCUGUUGCAGCUGCUGCUUCUCAACCUGAACCACCCGUUCAAGCUACUGCUUCUCAACCACAGGUGUUCUCACCUCCAGCACCAUCUAUAACAACAGAGCCAAAAGCUGAAUCUGCUGCUCAAAAUCAACCUUCCGUCAGUAAAGCUAAAGUCGGAGCCCCUCCACCACCGGUUUUACCACCAAUUAAACAUGUUUCACCAUAUGCACCAAAGGCAAGUGGCACUUCAUCAAGUGGACCAAAGAAAAGUUCAGCUGCUAACAGAUUUAGACCAACAUCUUAUACACCAUCAAACCCUGUUCAUGAACCUGAAAAGUUUGAUUUUUCUGGUGAUGUUGAUUUUGGUGCAAUUAAUCAUUACCAACCAUCACAACCAGCUCCAGAAGCUCCAAAACCAAUUGUUCAACCUCCAAAACCAGAAGGGCAACCUCAACCUCAAGUCCAAGCUGAUGAAUCAUCUAAACCAAAUGAACCUGAAUUCAUAGCUCCACCAAAGGCUUCACAAAUUCCAUCUCAAGGUACAUCUCCAUUAUCAUCAAGACGUGUCUCAUCAGCUUCAAAUCCUUAUGCUCCACCACCUCCACCAGCAUCAAGUCUUGAUACAUUUGGAUCUUCAAAUCCAUAUUCACCAAACCCAGUCUCUACAAGUCCAGCGGAAUCCAAUUUUAGUCCAUAUCAACCAAAUGUUCCACAAUCAACAGGUCAAUCAUUUGAUGGAUCAAGUGGAGUUCCAACUUUUGGUACUUCAAAAACAUCGAAAUUUGCACCAUAUCAACCAGGUACUUCAGCAUCUGAAACAUCAAGUUUAAAUGCAAAAUAUGAAGAACCAACACCAAAAUUCACAGAAUAUGAACUUCCAAAGACUAAUAAUAUUAGUGAUAUACCAGAAGAUGAAGAAUUUUUUGAUGAUGUUGUUGAUGAUGAAGAUGACGAUGAUGAUGAAGAUGAUGGUACGAAUAACAACAAUUCUACUAAAAUUGAACGUAAAAAAUCGAUUAAGAAAAAUAAAGAUCAAGAAAAUGGUAAAGGUUGGUUUGGCUGGUUACGUAAAAAUGAUAAUGGACCAAAAGUUUAUCGUGCCAAAUUAGGUGAAGAAAAUAGAUUGAUUUAUGAUGAAAAUUUGAAAAGAUGGAUUGAUAAAGAUGCUAAACCUGAAGAUAUUAAAGCAGCAGCAGCUCCACCACCACCUCCAAUUAUUAAGAAAAAACCAAGUUCAUUAAGUAAACCACGUUCAGAUUCUGUUAGUGAAGGUUCAAUUAAAUCACCUUUGGGUAAUGCACCACCAUCAUUAGCAAGUGGUCCACCAAGUUCCAUUGCACCACCAUCAGGACCAUCAAGUGCUACUUUACCACCAAAGAAACCUGCUAGUGCAGCAAGUGAUCUAGAUUCAUUGAUUGGAUUAACAGGAGGUCCAGGAUCAGCUGCAACUACAAGAAGAAAGAAAAGAGGUGGUAGAGGUUAUGUUGAUGUUAUGGGAUCAAUGCAACAAAAGAAAUAG